AUGGAUAUUAAUGAAAUAUUAAUAGAAGAAAUUAGAAAACAUGAAUGGUUGUACGACUUAUCGAGCAAUGAAUACAAAAACGUGUUUAAAAAGGCAGUGAUUUGGGAAGAAAUCGGCAAAUCUGUUUGUUUACCGGGCGAUUCAUGUAAAACGCGGUGGAGAGGACUUCGCGACACCUACAAAAGGCGAAAGCGCACUUCGCAACUUAGCUCCGGCAGCGGCGCACCGAGUCCAACAAAAAAGUGGAAAUAUUUGCAGACGUUGAGUUUUUUAGACAAUUACAAGGAUUCGAGGCCAACUGUUGGAAGUGACCUCCACGAAGAUAUGGAGCUUGACUUUUUGUUAAAUUGCUCCUCAUCAACAAGUCUCACAGAGAAUCAAAGCUCACCAACAACACCAACAAUAGAUGAAGGAGAACACCAAAGAAUAGAGCCGCUACCGAGGAAAACAUCAAAGAAGCAAGCAGAUGCAGAGGUCACGCAAGUUUUUGCGGAAGUGAUGCAGGAAUGUGCGGUUACAGUGAAAGAGCUCGCAUCUGCUGCAAUAUCAAGUGACCAAGAGCGAGAUGCGACAUCUUUAUUAUUUGAAAGCUUGGCAAAAAAAAUAAGUGGCGCUGAUUUGCCGCAGGGCGAUGUAAGGCGAAUAGAAGCAAAACUAAUUGCUUUGGUUUAUGAUGAGCUAGCCAACAUUAGCAAUAAGUGA